AUGGGUAACUGGCCAGGUGGUGCAUUUAUUGGCGUCAAUGCAGCUCUCCUGACUGCAGCAGCAAAUCUAGUAGCCCAAGAGAUCUCCGAGACUGAACCUGAGGAUGCUUUCAAAUUCUUAAAUUGUGAAUCUAAUGGCCGUACUAAACUUGGACCUGUUUCACAGGUAAGAUUCAUGGAUAGUGGUUUGGGCAAUGUGGCCGCGCGUAUGGCUAUUUCUUAUGUCACCCACGCAACCCUGCGUAUGCCAUGGGAUUUACCGGAUAUCACAGUAAAAUUCUGUUUUGAUGGUGAGGCCGACAUUACGAUCAGUGCUACCAUCGAGGAUGAAAAGCUGUCUGUGGGAGUACGCAACGUAAAUGAUCUUGUCCUCGGAGUGCGCAUUGAUGGCAUGCCGGACUGGUUGAGUGGCUUAUUAGACAUGAUUGCUGAGGUUCAAUGCACCCUCUAUAAACAUGCCUCAAAUUUUAUCUUCGAGCUACUUAGUGAUUGGCAGUUUUCAGUGCCAGCAUUGCCAACUCCGCAACUUCCGUGGCUGAAGGAGGAUGAUCCGCCUCUUACAAUACAACUGAAUGAUGUCCAGAUAUCCCCUUUGGACAUUGGCGAGAAUGCUUGGUUAAUCGCCUCAGGCACGCCAAAUAUAUCUACAGAGGGUUGA